CUGAAGGCACCAUCAUCACCGACACCACGAACGUCGACUCGCUGACCACCAUUCAGUACCUGGAGCGCACUAAAACUCACCGUGCAGAUCAGGUGGCCAGUGGCCGUUUUGAGCGCCCGCACUUUGUCGUCUCCCUGCGCGGCCCCUCCGAGGCGAACGAGGGCGACCAGGUGACGCUGGAGUGUCGCGUGGCGCCGGUGGGCGACCCCACCCUCACCAUCACCUGGUACCGAAACGGGGAGGAACUGCGGUCGAGCAAUCGAAUCGCCGCCUCCAGCUACUUUGGCUACGUCCUCCUGGACAUUGCCGCCGUCAGUGCGGAGGAUGCGGCCAUCUACAUGGUCAAGGCAAGCAACGCGGAAGGCGAGGCCAUCUCUUCGCACCAGUUGCGCGUGAACACCUUUGCCGCCAUUGACCGCCGCUCACAACUCGAUCCGGCGGCGUACCGCCAGAUUCGAAGUCUGGAGACGAGCAGAUUCGAAAAGCGCACCACUCGUCAGCUUCAACAGCAAGUUCCCCCGCCUCGUUUCACCGCCCACUUGACCAGUGACAACGACGUCCCUGAGGGCGAGUCGCUUCACCUGGAGGCCCGUCUGGAGCCAGUGGAUGAUCAAAAUCUGGUCGUCGAGUGGUACAAGAACGGAAAUUAUCUAGUUCUAGGCUCACGCACCACCACCGGCCUCGACUUUGGCCGAGUCACGUUGGACAUUGUCGGCUGCAAGCCGGAGGACUCGGGAGUGUACAUCUGCCGAGCCAUAAACCAGGUGGGUGAAGCGACCACCUGCUGCUCCAUCAAGGUGGUGGCCGAGUCUUCUCGUUUCAUCGACUCGACCUCCCUCUUCCCGGAAAGUACUCUGAGUCGGCUGGAUGAGUUUGAGGUUGUGACCAUGGGCGCCAGAAGGGCUCCUGAUGGUGAGGCUACUACCACUACUCCACCAAGUACUUCUCUGGUGCAACCGCCCUACUUUAGCUCUCAUAUUCGAAGCGUCGAAACGGUAGAGGGUGAGACCGUCAUCUUUGAAUGCACCGUUUCAGAGGAAGCGCAGGCGGAUCCGACGCUGCGCGUCGAG